AUGUAUUUCAACCUUCCGGUCAAGGAGAUUGAGUUUUUCAAGCUUAUUGUAUCACAACCGGUACGCUUUAUUUCAGAGCAAAAUAAAAUUGAGGACUUCGUUGUGACUAACUUAUCAAAUGUUUAUAGUUACUUACAAGAUGGUGUUGUUGAGGGAACACAAUAUACUAUUGAGGGAACCAUCGUCGAUAUAGAUAUGUUUAAUGAUUGGAAAUUUGUCCAAUGUGGAACAUGUCGUAAGAAGGUUACUAUGCGUGAUGGUCGCUAUUAUUGUUUUAGUUGUCAGAAAAAUGUUGAUAACCCUCGUCAAUCGUAUAAACUGGUUGUGCGAAUAAUUGAUAAAGGAGAAGAGAUUAUGUGUGUUGUUUUCAAUGAAGCUGCUACUUCUCUUAUUAGUUUUACUGUUGAUGAAUUGGUUAAUAAGAGUUUAUUAGAGGGUGCCGGUGAUCCUAAUUGGGUGAAAGAUUUUCUUCUCGGAAGCUUAUGUGGUCAUAAGGUCAUUUUCACUAUUAAGGUUGACAAAUUCAACAUGGUGCCAAAUUACGUGCAUCGUUUUGCUGUAACUAAAUAUUACAGUGACAAAAAGCAUAAUGAUAAGGGAUAUAAGCUUUCUCCCACGAUCGAGAAAAGUACGGUGGUUAUAACAAAUGAGGAAGAUCAUUAUAUAGUCGAAGAUGAAUAUGAAAGUUUGUCUAAAAUCACUGAAUAUGAAUGGGAGCUCUUAGACCAAGCGUUAUGGGGACCAUGUAGUCAUUUUAUACCAUCAACAAUAUCAACAAUGGAUACUUGUGAUACUGAAGAAAAUGAUGGUGUUAAUAAAUGUAUAUCUGAUGUCAAUGAUGCAGAAGCAGAAGAAGAUGAAAGUGAUAAUAUAGGGGUUGGUCAUGAUAAUAUUGAAGAUCAUAUUUGUAACACGCAUGUCUCUAUCUAUACUUUACAAGAUGGUGAAGAGAUUCAAGCGUCUUUUGAUGAUAUUGAAGGUGAUUCUUCUGAAAAAUCGUGUAUCGGAUCCUCAAUAAGACCAAAGAAGCGUCGUCGACUUCCAUGCUUGUGUGACGAGUCAACAGAUGAUGAUAUACCUAACCGACUUUAA